GGCGAGAGGGGCGAGGGGUUCAAAAAGGGCGAAGGACGCCGAGAGGCGGCAAAGAGGCAACACCGAGCCGACGCAGCCACGUGCUACCGCAGAAUAUACAGAGUCUCCACCCAGUCGCUAAUCCACAAGCUGCCUUGCUUGUCCACAUCAAAAGUUGCGAUUUUCGCCCACACCGGGCUACCCACGACUACAGUCAUUCAGUUAGGACUAGAGGACUCGGCAGUACCGCCGCCUCUAAACCUUCCGACUAGAGAUGUCCAACAAGAACAAGAUAGUCCACGCCCUCCAGAAACAAAAAGAGGCAAUCGUCUGAAGAGACAUUAUACUCUGAAUUUCAUCAAGGAGUCUCCUUGGUCUGUGUAUGAGAAACAUGUCGAUGUAUCUUACAAAACACCCCGACAUUCAUGCAUUGUGGCACAGAAGCGAAGCAAAGGCAAUGCCAGAGUUCAUAUCAAGAAGAUUGUAGAGCAUUCCAAAGAAGCCACUGCCAAUCGUCUGCUGCUGCUUCAGUCCGCUCCAAUUCUUUUCGUCCCCAUUCUCGAAGUUUACGAGCAACCAUCGUCUAUGUACCUUGUUUACGAGCUGGUCGAGCACACCCUCCAGGAUUUAGUUCGAAGCCAGCACUCCCUCGAGAUCAAAGAGCUAGGGGCCAUAGUGAAACAGAUUCUUGAAGGACUCAUCUACCUCGAAGUAAACGGGGUAGGGCUCCUGGACCUCGAGUGUGCGGAUAUUAGGUUCAGGCCAAACGGCUGCCUCCAGAUAGAUUCUCCGGGCAAGAGUGUUCUUUCAAGGCUAUGGAGUAUGAUCAGAUACACCGUACUCCCUCAGCCGCUGGCCAAUAUGGUAGCGCUAUGUCCUGCAGCUUGA